CAUUUAGACGACACAGAGGUAGCUAGCAGGUUAGCCGUGCAGCUAAUCAUGGUGAAUGUAAAGAAGCGGAAAGGUCGAGUCGUGAUUGACUCUGACUCUGAAGACAGUGCUAGCGACGAUAAUUUAGAUCAGGAGCUGUUGUCGUUGGCGAAGAGGAAGAGGGUUGAUUCAGGUGAGCAGGAAGAGCCAGUAAGCAAACCUGCUGCUUCUACAGACUCAGAGACAUCUGACAGUGAUGACGAGUGGACGGUGGGCGGCACCAAAGGCAAGAAGAAGGUUAAGCCAGGGAAAGGGUCUGAGAAGAAGAACGCCACAAAGAAGAAGGUUAAUAAAGCAACAGCGUCCGGCAGCUCUGAUGGAGACAGCUCAGCUGAGAGCUCUGCACCUGAGGAGGGUGAGGUGUCUGACUCGGAGAGCAACAGCUCGUCCUCCAGCUCAGACUCGGACUCCUCUGAGGACGAGGUGUUCAGGGACGGUUACGACGACGACUUGAUGGGAGACGCGGAGGACCGAGCUCGUCUGGAGCAGAUGACGGAGAAGGAGAGAGAGCAAGAGCUGUUCAACAGAAUCGAGAAAAGAGAGGUGCUAAAGAGACGGUUUGAAAUUAAGAAGAAGCUGAAGACGGCAAAGAAGAAAGAGAAAGAGGAGAAGAAGAAGAAGCAGGAGGAGGAACAAGAAAAAAGGAAGCAAUCUCAGGUUCAAGACACACAAGUGGUUAUGUCACACAACAAGGAGAGACGAUCCAAACGUGACGAAAAACUUGACAAAAAGUCCCAGGCCAUGGAAGAACUCAAAGCUGAGCGAGAGAAGAAGAAAAACAAAACAGCGGAACUGCUGGCCAAACGUCAGCCCCUGAAGACGAGCGAGGUUUAUUCCGACGACGAGGAGGAAGAGGAGGAAGACGACGACAAGUCGUCCGUCAAAAGUGAUCGGAGUUCGCGUUCAUCGUCUUACGAUGACGAUGAAAAAGAGGAGACUCCACCGAAGUCGCAGCCGGUCUCAUUACCGGAUGAGCUCAACAGGAUCCGCCUGUCCAGAAACAAGCUGGAGCGCUGGUGCCACAUGCCCUUCUUUGCUAAGACAGUGACCGGCUGCUUUGUGAGGAUAGGGAUCGGGAACAGCAGCAGUAAACCAGUGUACAGGGUCGCUGAAAUUGUGGACGUGGUGGAGACGGCGAAGGUUUACCAACUUGGAUCAACGCGAACAAACAAAGGAUUACAAUUAAGGCAUGGCGGUGACACACGGGUUUUCAGGCUCGAGUUUGUAUCAAAUCAGGAGUUUACAGAAAGCGAGUUCAUGAAGUGGAAAGAGGCGAUGAUGGUCGCGGGGAUGCAAGUCCCCACUCUGGACGAAAUCACCAAAAAGGAGCAGUCCAUCAAAGAAGCUCUGAACUACAAGUUCAAUGACAAAGACAUAGAGGAUAUUGUCAAAGAGAAGGACAGAUUCCGAAAAGCACCACCGAAUUACGCCAUGAAGAAAACGCAGUUACUCAAAGACAAGGCCAUGGCAGAGGAGAGCGGAGACGGGGAGAAAGUGAAAGUGAUCCAGGACGAGCUGAACGAGCUGGAGGAACGGGCAGAAGCACUCGACAGACAGAGGACCAAGAACAUCUCUGCCAUCAGCUACAUUAACCAGAGGAACAGAAGCUGGAAUAUCGUUGAAUCUGAGAAAGCUCUGGUGGCUGAAGGACAAAACUCCAAAAACCAACAAAUGGACCCUUUCACACGGAGACAGUGCAAACCCACCAUGGUGUCAAAUGCCAGAGACCCGUCAGUCCACGCAGCUAUCCUCGCUCAUCUCAACCAGAAGUACGGCUCCGGGUCGACACCAGAUCCUUCCAGUGCAGAGAAGAACAAACUGGGACAAUUGAAUCCGAAAGACAAAGAUGUCCCCAAGCCAACCACUGACCUCUCCGAGGACUUGUUUAAAGUUCAUGAUUUUGACGUAAAGAUCGACCUACAGGUCCCCAAUGCAGAAGCAAAGUCUCUGUCCGUGAGCUCCAACGCGCUGCCGGUGAAGGACGGCGCCCCCCGCAGGUCCCUCAACCUGGAGGACUACAAGAAGAGGAGGGGGCUGAUCUAAUGUGGCCAGUCCGUCAUCCAGAAAACACAAUGCAUGUGUAAUUGGCUGUGCGAGAGAGAGAGUGUGUGUGUGUGUGUGUGUGUGUGUGUGUGUGUGUGUGUGUGUGUGUGUGU